GGGGAAACUCAGCCCGCGGUUUUUGAAUUUGUACGAGCGGUCAAUCUGGAGAGGGAGUGAUCGUAGGAAUAAAAACGGUGAUAUGGCAGAGGCAUUGAAGCCGGAGGAAAGGAAAUCGGAAUUUUCUUUGCGCAGGUCACAUCAGGCAUCCGGAUGGGCAGUGAAGGCUUCCACUUCAGCGUCCUUCUUUUCCAGGUCUUCUAUCAUUUGGCUUUGGAAGCUUCAAGCCAUGAUUCGCCAGGAACAGGUGCGGGCCCACCAAACCUUGGCAAGAAUUAGUAAUACCGGUGUUUCCGACGAUGGAGGAGGGAACACAGUUUCCUAAAGUUCAAACAAAACCUUCAAAAAGAAAAAAAAUAAAAAAAGAAGUGAAAUAUCAACGACUCCCAAAGAGCAUUAAAAAGAGUCUAAAAUCCAACAUCCAUUGGACAAUGAUAUCUGUUCUCUAUGAAGUUACAGAAGAUUACAAUGAAAAUGAAAAGCUCUUGAAUAUCCUCAAGGAAAGGUUUCUAAAAUGCAUUGAAACUUUGGAAGUUCCUGUGGAUGAGCUGAAUUGUCUGACCAGAGUGCAAAAGAUUUUAAAAGAAGAAGAGAAAAAGUAUAUUUUAAUGGAAGAAGAAUUGGAGUAUCUGGAGGGAGAAAUAACUAAAGAUGGAUUAACAUUAAAUACAAUGGAUGAAGAAAUGCAAACACUUCAGAAGAAAAUAAAAGCAUUAAAACAUGAACUGAGAACAUUAAAAGCAGAUACGUUAAUUAAUCAGGAUUUUAAAGAUGACCUAGCUCUUCCUGGUCUUCCAAUGGAGUAUUUUAAACUACCUCCUCUUCAGAAUGAGGUUUUGAAGAUUGGAAACCCACAAGCUCUUCUUGAUGACAUGAAUAUCAUUCAGCAAUCAGAUGAGAUGAAGAAUAUGAUGGCAUUUCUAGAACAAUUAUAUGAAAAGGCAGACGACCAAGUGAAGUCAGACAAUAGAUGUACAGAAGAACAAAUAUGCCUGUACCUUUAGUUCCUUUCGUCUUCCAAGGAAAUCUUUGAAAGCAAUAGUUUUCCUAAUGUGAUUUGCAUUCUGCAAGGGGCAUUGUGGAAAUUUUGGAUGUCAUUAACAAAAUAUAAUUAUGGUUUUAUUGGAGUAAAGAUAUCAACAGAUAGAUUUCUCAGUAAUAAACUAGUCCUAUUUUGAAUGUUGCUACCAUUAAGAUUCAACUCUUCAUGUUGAUUAGAUGACAAAACAAGAUUUUUAAGCCUUUUGACCAGUAUUCCAUGUUAGGCUACUUACUACUAUAUAGUACCAAUCAUAAAAAAUUUCUCCUGGUUUUGAGUUGUAGUCUUUUUCUGAAUAUGCUGCUGUAAUUUAGAUGCAAGCAGGCCCGCUGCUUGAGAAACCUGUACAAAUACAGAUAACAUUUAAUUACCUCAUUGGCUAGCUGAUUUAAGCGUAAACAAGUUUUCACUGGAGACUCAGUUAAACUUAGAGCUAAUGAGCAACAAGUUUCUAGCUCUGAAAAAUCAGAGAGUAGGAGUUUAUUUUUCCUUCCUUCUGGAACUGAAUAUUUGUUCAUCUGCAAAUUUUUGUGGAUCUGAGUGAAGAAUAUAACAUGCUUCCUUGGGAGAUUAAUGCUCCAGGAUUCUUAAACUAAAAUAUGGUUUCUGUCUUUUACUCUGGUCCUUUAGAGAGUGUUUAUAUAGCAGGUUCAGGUAUCUUUUUUCACUUUGAAUUGUAUCUGAGAGAGAAAGAAUGAGUGUCAAAACAACACUAAGCUCGACCAGCAUUAGUUUUGGACAAGGGAACCUAUAGUCCUUCAAUUUCUAGAUCUUAAAUGAAAGAAGCAAUUGCUUCUUCCAUUUCUGUCUUUAGAAAUAGGUCUUGGGGGGGAGGUGACAUUAAUUUCAGGAAAGAUUAAUCCUUAUGCCAUUCUCUAACUUGUUGCUGAAUGAGCUUUCCACUUGGCCACCAAUGGUAAGUCUGCUCCUUCUAAACGCUGGGUGGGAGAAAAUUUUUAAAGUGGACUGUGCUUAAUUAUCUUUGUUCUCCCUUUAGAUCUCAGGCAGUAUCAAUGGUUGCUUGAAGUAGCCUAGUUUAGUGCUGAACAUUAAGAUGUCCAAUCACAUCUAAUGGGAAUGUUAAUUUUAUUUGUAUAUUUAAAAAGAGACCAAUCUUAUAUGUAAUCAAGCAACAGACCUAUUACUGACUGUUGCCCUGUUCCUUCAAGUAUAAUUGGUUCUCAUGGAUAUUGAAAUUAAUACUUAAAAAUAGGAGAAGCCUAAACCCCUAUCUUAAUUAUAGGAUAUCAUUCUUCACUCAGAUUACUAUUGAAAGAAAAUAAUACCUGAUUCUCCUUGGAUUUAAUAACAAGUUUAAAGGAUAAUUUUCUUUCUCGGGGUUAUGCUCCUCUCUGUUAAUUUUCAAGGGAUAUUCACUUUUGGAAAAUAAGACAGAAAUUACUAUAAAGGAUAAUUUUCUUUCUCGGGGUUAUGCUCCUCUCUGUUAAUUUUCAAGGGAUAUUCACUUUUGGAAAAUAAGACAGAAAUUACUGUAGUUAUCACCUUGGCCUAGAAGUCUUUUUUUUCCAUUUUUUUGAAAAAGUUGUAUAUUUUAAAAAUAAACACAUGCUUUUUGAUGUAAACCUAAA